AUUGCAGUCCUUCAUGUUUUCUGUUUUGUUGAACAUAUGACACACAAGAGGUUUAAUUCAAACAAUAUUUGUCUUUCAGAGUGGAUAUAAAGUCGCUGUGACCUCUUGUCCCAAUUAAAGGUGCUGUGUUAUCAUGUAUUCUGAUACCUGCUCAGCCCAGAACAUAACACACCUGAGGUGUGGUGACAUUAUGAGCUUACGUUGGGAAAUGUCGUUCCUGUUCGGUUUCACACACAUUAUCUGAUCUCCUCUCCCUCGAGCUAUGAAAUGCUGAUGUCAAAUCUUUAACACCGAGGGAUGGAGCUGUAGGUGUUUGGAGGGUGUGUGUGUAUGUGUGUGUGUGUGUGUGUGUGUGUGCGUGUGUGUGUGUGAUGUGUGUGCACUCCCUGUUGAGCUGUUCAGUGAGCUGUAGUCAGGAAUGCUACCCUGUGAGGGGAGGAAAAGAGGGAGAAAACAACAAUGGGAGGGGGAGGAGAGAGAGGGAGAGACAGACAGAGACACAGAGAGAGAGAGAGAGAGAGAGAGAGGGAUAGAGAGCGAUAGAGAGAAAGAGAGAGAGGACAAACCAGUGUGGCAGGUUUGAGUCACUGUACACAGUCCAUCAUGCAAAGCUCAUGGAACGAGAGAGGGACAGAGAGAACGAGGCUUCAGGAGCUGAUGUCAUUGCAGAGCGCUGCCUUCAUUAUGAACCAGUGUCAACACAAUGGUGCGAGACAGAGGUCACUCUGAGAGACGGCGAUGGGAGCUGUUGGCUGAGCUCACGCUGGGAGAACGAGGAGCCCAGAGGAUUCGUCACUUCUAGACCACAAGUCCGAGAAUCAUCGAGAGGAGCUUUGAAACAUCAAACACAAUUUGUGUCUGUGCAAGAAACUAAUGAGGGGUCUGUGAGUGUGCGACAGCCUUUUGCAUCCACAAAACUGCAGCACUGACAUGAACUGCUGCCAGAGUGCAGCCUGAAGGACAGUUGCUCGGAAUCGCUUAAAUAUCAAGUACACUCUUCCGCUCUCUUUCUGGGAUUUGGCAUUUGACAGGAGGUCGUUAACUUUGUUUACUCUCAGACAAUGGACUUGCCAUUUCUCCCAACUCCAGUGAGCAAGUGCGACACACGGACAGGGGCUCAAUUUACUGUCCGCUCGGCCAGCUCUCCCUCGUACAGCUUCAACCGCAGACAGGGUGUCAGGAGAUCCAAAGGUUUUAUAGAGGAGGUGAGGGAGGGUACUGAGGGAGAAGAAGAAAGAGAGAGACGUGGGACAGAUCCUUACACAAAUGGUACGAAUAAGGAAGAGGAUGGAGUCUCUGAAUAUCAAGACAGCACUGGUGGUCGUAGCAGUGUCAAAGGUCAGCGUGAAGAGAAGGAACCAUUAGAACAUGAAACGUCCCCCAAGCUGAACCAGAAUGGCAAAGGAGACAAAACGACCACAGAGUCCGGCACAGACAGAAGUGAAAACCCUGCGUUUGAGAGUCGAGGCAGGACAGAGCUGAGAAGAUACAACCUGUCCAGCAGAAGUAAAAGUUUGGAUUGGGGAGCAGAGGCGAAGAGUCCUUUCCGGGGAGUCAUAGCUGACAUGUUGUCAGCCAGCAGAGGAGGGGACGUCACUAAAGAGCUUGGAGGCUUCGAUGAAAGAAGGACCGGAGCGGAAGCUGUGAGGAACUGGGUGAUGUCUUCAACACACACCUACAGCUCUGCAAGUCAAACUAAUGUUGUUCAGGAGAGGAGCCCGGUGAGUCACCUGAGCCAGACGUUGGACAGGGUCAGCAGGGGUCAUUCUCUCCCCUCCAGGAUGAGGUCCCAGUCUGGACCAAGCUCCAGGUUCACAGAGACAGCUUCAUUACUUGGGCCCAAAGGAGGUCAGAGUAUAACGGAGAGGAUAGAGAAACUCUACGGAUCUGCUGGUGUCAGUAAAGCUGAGGAUAACAACAAAAUUGGGGACCUCUCCACCUCUGCUACAUCUGCAGACUCCUUUAUUCCAUCACACAGGUCAAACGAAAGGGGAGCUGGGGGGACCUUCCCCAGGGGUUUCUCAUUAGGGGAGAAAAAUAGCCUCAGUCCAAUGCAAAGCAUCAGAUCUGUCCCCUGGACACCUCAGAAGGACGCGUCAGGUUCUGAGAGUUCAUUUUCUCCAGGGAGGAGCAGGAGAUUGUCAGGGGGGCUGUGGCAGGGGCAUCUCCAGGGCAGGUUUUCACCAGAAGGUGGCGUCAACGGGGAGAAGGCGUUAGUGGACUUAGGCACAAAGUCUCUGGAUAGAGCGAGGAGUAGGAACACUGUGGCAGCUCAGAUUAGAUCAGCCAGGGCUGCAGCAGGGUUUACUGCACCAAAUACUUUCUUAGAAGAAGAGACAUCAGCUGCUCUCGAAGAUUCAUCUGGAUUCACAGAGAGAGGCAUGAACGAAAAAUGGGAUCAGGGCUCGGUCAACGAUGGAAAGGAAACUAAUGGAGUAAAAGGUGCUGAGGAAAAAACUGAACUGAAGAGUGGCACCGCUUAUGAAGAUGUAUUUGAGUCAAGUCCAAAUAAAGUUACACCCAAGAAGAACCUCUCAGCUCCAGCCAGCGUGAGGAAUAAGAUCAGCCAGUUCGAGGCUCUGACACAGAGAGCUCAGGGUUUGGCAACAGGAAAUCUCCUGAUGCCUAGAAGAGCUUUCUCUGUGCCCACGCAGCUCAGCAGGGGCCAUUAUGACGUGAAGAAGAGCCAGUCGGCGAAAGCGAUAGGUCGGUGGAGGGACAAGUGGGAGGAUUUUAAAGAGGGAGGUGAGGUGCCCAAUAAACCUGAUGACAAAGGGACAGGGGCAGGGAAGAAGCUGCUGUUAGAAAGGUUUUUAUCUGAUGACGGGGUCGGACUAGAGAGGAAAGACAAAGGAGGGGUUGAUGUGGCUGAGAGUGAAAAGAAGGGGACAGAUAGCAGAGACAACCUUUCUGAAGAUUUUGUCAAAUAUUCCAAACUCAAGAGUUCCCUUGAAAUCCCUCUUAAUGGAGGACGCCGUAAAGCGUUUUACAUUGAUGAGACGGAUUUCGCCAAAGUCUCAAGUCCUGAGGAAGCAAGCGAGAAAGACAUGACCGCCAGCAAUACACCAAAGCUGCUUCAAACCCCCUACUGUUCCAGGGACAUAUCAACUAAUGUGGCAUCUUCACCUGUUAGUGAUGACCAGACGCCGACAAAUACCCCCCCCCACUCACCUUUUUAUUCACCUACUGCAGAAGCAGAAAAGACCUUCCCCAUUGCAGAUAGACAUGACAGAACUUCCGCCGCCAAAUCUCCUGAUCCAGGCUCCACCCCUCCAACUCGUCCCCUCGCCACCUCCUCCCACAGCAACCUCCAUGAUCUCGUGUCUUCAGAGGUCACCACCGCCCAGCAGAGAGGGAGGAAACCGGUGCUGGACCUUGACUCUUGGGUAGCAGGCCUGAACUCAGCCAUCAAGGUGUGGAAUGACGACGAAGAUUAUGAGGAUGACGACGAAAGCACGCAGAAGGAUGAUGAUUCCAACUAUGAUUCAGACUCGGGAGAGUCCUCUGUGACCGUCACCAGCAACAUGAGCCAGGCAGAUCACAGGAGCUUCUGCGUAAGUCUUUCAGAUCUGUGUAGCUUUGCUGGGGUUGACAACGAGUCAGACAACGACAGUGAUGAGUGGCAGUCGAGAGGUAGGAGGUCAGUGUCCCUGAGCUCAGAUGUGUCGGGUCUGUCCUGCGUGUCAGUGAUGCCCAGUGAGGAGCUGGACCGGCUGCUGGAGGAUGUCCGGAGCCUGGGGGACAACACCCUGCAGGACUAUGAUGAUGUUCAGGUGGCUGUUCUCCAUAAGGAGAUAGGAGUUGGACUGGGCUUCAGUGUGGCAGGAGGCGUGGACCAGAACAAGCCAGUCACUGUCCAUAGGGUCUUUCACUCAGGCGUGGCAUCUAAGGAAGGCUCCAUCAUGGAAGGGGACCAGGUCUUGUCAAUCAACGGCACAGCGUUGAACGACUACACCCACUGGGAGGUUCUGAGGGUGCUGAGAAGGGCAAAGGCUCGUGAGACAGGAGUGGUGGUCCUGAGGAGGGGAGGCGUUAGUGACGUCUCCAAUAGUGGAGUGCAGACAAGUACUCCGGGACCAACACAGACCCAGAUCACUGAUGAUGGUCAACACAUGUGUGUUUCUCUGGAGAAGAACAGCAGGGACCUGGGCUUCAGUCUGGAGGGAGGUGUAGGCUCCAGCCUGGGGAACAGACCUCUCACUGUACAGAAGAUCUUCCAUGGCGGUCCAGUCGACAAGGUGUGUCCCGGCGAUGAAGUCCUGGAGAUUGAGGGUGUGAGAGUGGUGGGGAUGAGGCGUCUGGAGGCUUGGACCUUGAUCAGAAAACUCCCCUCUGGUCCCGUGGACGUGGUACUGUCCCGCCCUCUGAAACAUCUGGAAACGUGAGGGUUAUGGAAGCACAGGAAAGUUCAGGGGAUGAUGAGAGAUAGUGUCUUGGAUGAAACAUGACGUGAAUUACCUGGGAUAUUUGGGCCUUUGAAACAACACAACAGUUUGUUUACACAGAGAGAGAGUUUAAGCCCAAAAUGAAGCAUAACUUUAAAAGACGAGGGCAAAAGUAUUUAUUUAUCUCUCUUUUACUGGAUCACAUCUACCUCAAGGCCUGUGAUAUUUAUGUAUAUUAAUUCAAAUGUACUAAUGGCUCAUGCGUUCAUCAAAAGGAACCAAUUUUUAUGCCAAACAGGGCACUGUAAAUUUAAAUACACGUUGUAACAUGUUGUGAAUACAUUAUGAGUGCAUUCAAAGUUUAUUUCCUUUUUUUUUUUAAUAAAUCCUAACAAAGUGA